AUGCUAUCGAGCGACAGUUUGAGCAACGCUCUGGGCUGGAUUUCUAUCGCGUGCUGGAUAGUUGUCUACUCCCCUCAAAUAUUUGAGAAUUAUCAGCUCAAGUCCGGGGAAGCCCUCAGUGUGCUGUUCGUAGCAGUAUGGCUGUUAGGUGAUUUGUGCAAUCUUGUCGGUGCCAGUAUGGCGGGCCUACUCCCAACUGUCAUUCUAUUAGCCAUCUAUUAUUCUCUCUGCGACAUCAUUCUUCUGUUCCAGAUCUACUAUUACCGGAGGAGGAAAUCAGUCGCCCAUGCUCGUUCAUCAGACAUCACCGUGAACGAUGCCUCAGAAACCACACAUCUGCUUUCCCAAGCCGAUGGCGAAUUGCCCACGGUCGAGGGAGUCUACCCUCCGAGGCUCCAGCUUCUGAAAUACCUCGGUGCAGUUAUCUUUGUUUUUGCCACCGGCAUCGCCGCCUGGGCUAUAAGCGAGAAGCUUCAUCAAGGCAAAGAAGACCCAUCACGGCCGGAGGAGAUUCUUGAAUGGAGGAGCCAAGUAUUGGGAUGGAUCAGCGCCGUCCUGUAUUUGAAAAACUUGAAGACUCGAUGCGAGGGACUGUCUCCGGGACUGUUUUUGUUUGCGAUCCUGGGGAAUUUGACCUACGGGCUGUCUAUCUGUGUGUCCUCCACAAAAAUAGACCACCUCAUUGCCAAUGCAAGCUGGCUGGCUGCGGAUGCGAACGAGCUGACUGGGGUACCCGCGUGUGCAGGUGCUAUGUCAGUUUGUAUACUAUCGGAUGGGGGAGCAUGCGUACAGAAAGAGCAGUAG